GUUCAAGUGAAUGAUCAAGUGAACUUUAAGUCGAACGAGUCCUCCGAGCACACCGGAGCGUGCAACAGUUACCUUCGCGUAACUAUAAUCCUUUGUAAAAAGUACUUUGCCUUGCUUUUCAGUCAACCAGUCCAUAAAAUCCAAAGACAAAUUCAGCUGGGAGCAUUAGAGGACUCCUCACAGAGGCCAUGUUGUUUGUUUUCGUUCUUUGCAGUGUUCUGUUUGCUGCAUCAGUGGAGGCGAGCAAUAGCUACUUCAUCACUGCACCAAGUGUCUUCAGACCAGGGCAACCAUUUAAACUCAGAGUCUGGGUGAAUGAUACUAUAACUGACCCUGUGAACAUAACAUGUGGUAUUUUGGACUCCAACAAAAGAACUUUGAUUGCAAGCAAUAGUGACACAUUUACCAAAGGACCCAGCAAGGAAAUCACAUUACAGGUUCCCCAUGGUGUUGCAUUGACAACUGUUACGUAUGAUUUGUCAGUGAAUGGGACAGGUGGUGCCAAGUUCUCUAAAACAAAAUAUGUUCGCUUUGUGGAAAAGGGUUUUAGCAUUUAUAUUCAGACUGACAAAGCUGUGUACAAACCAGGACAGAAAGUUCUCAUGAGAAUCUUUGGAGUGCAUUCAGAUUUAAAACUGUAUACUGGCAAUCUGACUGUGGACAUAUUGGAUCCCAAUGGAAAUAAGAUGGCUCAUUGGGUGAAUGUGAACAGCCAGUCAGGUGUCGUCAAGAAAGAAUUUCUCCUUUCCACCCAGCCAGUGGAGGGAAAUUGGAAAAUCUCUGUCUUAGCUGCUAAGGAUCAGAAAGCAGAACAAGUUAUAGAAGUGAAGCCAUAUGUGCUACCCAAAUUUGAGGUAAAGGUGAACCUUCCAGAUUAUGCCCUCGAGAAAGACAAAUAUAUCCAUGGUUCAGUUGAUGUCAAGUACACCUAUGGAAAGGGUGCAAGAGGACGGGCAAAUAUUCAGUUGUAUUUCAACACCUAUGGCUGGCACUCAAAGAAGUCCUCAUACGCAAAAGACAUUUUUGUUGUUGAUGGCUAUGGCAAAUUUUCAUUCAGAGUGAAGGAUGUUCUUCAGUUAUUCAAGAACAGUUUUGGUGAUCACAUGGAUGGGAGUUACCUCUUUCGCUAUGGUUACAGAAUGGAAGUUAAUGCAACAUUUUAUGAGGAUCUCACUGGGAAGCAAGCUGCCGGUCAAGGAAGCAUUUCUUUUCAUGAGAUAGAUGUGAAGUUGCAAUGGGCUAAAUUCAAUCCAAAGACCUUUAAACCAGGACUACCUUACAAGGCUAUGGUUACUGCUGUACAACCAAACAACGAGCCGCUCAGUCCAACUAAACUGCAAGAAAUCCAGGGGAAGAUCAAGUUAACAACAAAGUAUAAAUGGAGUGACAAUGGGACUGAAGAAUUUUUGCCACAUUCAAGUGAUGGAAGCUUCAUCAUCACAAAGGAUGUUCCUUCCUCCGCAAAUCACUUAGAUUUAAAGGCAGAAUAUUAUGAAGGUCUGAAAGGAACAAGAGCAUAUUUGACAGCUUCUGAGGCCAGCUCACCAAGCAAAUCUUUCCUACAGUUAUCAACAAGCACACCCUCAGUAAAGGCAGGGAAUGAUAUAGCUUUGGCUGUGGAAGCUACCUUUGAACUCUCAGAGUUGAGAUAUAUGGUUUUGUCACGUGGCAUGUGGGUCAAAACUGGUUCUCACAUUGUGUCUCCUGGCUCCACCAAAGCCACCUUCACCAUCCAGUCCCAAGCAGAAAUGGCGCCUAGUGCUCGUCUGUUAGUGUACUGCAUAAAACAAAAUGGGGAAAUUGUUGUAGACAGUCUAAAUAUCGAAGUAGAGGAUCCUUUCCGAAAUGAUGUUUCUGUGACAAUCGACACCAACAAUAGAAACAGUGUCGCUCCAGGUGACAUGGUAACCAUAAAAGGCAAAGCAACUCCUGGAUCUUUCAUGGCUUUUCGAGCAGUCGACAAGAGCGUGCUUCUUAUGAAGGAAGAUACAGACAUGUCUGUUAAGAAGGUUCUAGAAGAGCUUCAAAGUUACGACUCAGCACAAGUUUGGUAUCCAUUUUGGGACUGGGGCAUGCGACGCAGGCUUAGGAGGAUGAUCAUGCCUUAUCCUUCUGCAGGACGCGAUGCUGCAGCAGUCUUUGAGAACUCUGGUCUCAUUGUUAUCACUGACUAUGAAUUGCCAGGGGGCCGCUUUGAUGACCAGAUUUUAAUGAUGGGAAGUGUGCCGGAAAUGGAGUCAGACGUUAACAGAGAGAUUAUGGUCAGAAAAGGAGGUGGCACGCCCCAACUUGCUGAAGUGAAGCGUGUCAGAAGUCUGUUUCCUGAGACCUGGAUCUGGUUGGAGGAUGAUGCCAAUUCUGCAGGCGAGGUUGAAUUUCAGCGGGCUGUCCCUGAUACACUGACCACAUGGGUGGCCAGUGCUUUUGCCGUGUCUAACGUUACCGGGUUCGGUGUGGGAGAACUUAAACCACAGGUGAAAGUCUUCCAGUCGUUCUUCGUGUCCUUGAAUCUUCCAUACUCUGUUGUUCGAGGCGAAGAGCUUGCUCUGCAGGUCACAGUCUUCAAUUAUGAGGCUGAGAAACAGCUGGUCACCGUAACACUGAAAGGUUCCAAAGACUGGGCUAUCAUUGAUGAAAUAAACAGCCUAGGGCUAAGAGGACAUAGCUCAGUAAACAAGGAUUAUGUCGACAAAGCAAUGGACCUUUCAGUAGAAGUUGAGGUUGGAGCCGGUCAAGGAAAAGCUGUAUCGUUCCCAGUGGUUCCUAAAACAUUGGGUCAGGUACCAAUUGAAGUUCGAGCGCAGUCUGUGUCCAACGCUGAUGCUGUUAAGAGGAACUUUUUGGUAGAGCCAGAGGGAGUACCACAAGAAUACUCUAUCAGCAUGUUGUUGGAUCUGAACUCCACCUCAAGUCUGACACGCACACUGGAUCUGAGUGUACCGAAGAACACGGUCAACGGUUCUGCGAGAGCUACAGUGUCUAUCAUGGGUGACAUUCUUGGCUCGUCUCUGAACAACCUGGAUAAGUUGCUGCGCAUGCCCUAUGGUUGCGGUGAACAGAACAUGGUUAAUUUCGCUCCAAACAUUUACGUCAUGAAAUACCUGAAGACAGUUAACCAACUAACCAAUCAAGUGGAAAAUACAGCCAAAAAUUUCAUGAUCUCAGGAUAUCAACGUGAACAAACCUAUCGUCAUCGUGACGGCUCAUACAGUGCUUUCGGUGGACGUGACUCAUCUGGAAGCUUGUGGCUGACAGCAUUUGUAUCAAAAUCCUUUGCACAAGCGCGUGCGUUUAUUCCUGAAUACAUUGAUGACGAGCUGUUGGAAGAAAGCUUGGGAUGGAUGUCACGUCAGACAAACAGGGACGGAUCCUUCAGGAAAGUUGGAGAAGUUCACAGCUCUGUUCUGAAGGGAGGUCAAACAGGUGUUAUCUCACUCACGGCUUACGUCCUCGUCGCUUUGGCUGAGGCGAACUCAGUGUCACAGGCUGUUAAUAACGCUAAGAAAGGAGCCAUAGGUUUCUUGGAGGGCAAGGUUGAAGCCAUGUCAAGUGAUAUACAAGACGCUUACACAUUAGCAAUCACUGCAUAUGCUCUGGGGCUGGUUGGCAGCGCCACAAAGUGGAAAGCGCUCACGGAACUGCGGAAAUUGGCCAUAGAAAAAGAUGGACUUAUAUACUGGCAAGAAAAGCCUGAGGUCAACAAACCAAACGACAAUCCAUGGUGGCGCCCAUAUUACCGUCCGCGAUCAGCAGACAUAGAAAUCACUGCUUACGCUCUGUUGGCUUUCACACUCAACAAGGAUAUAAGUGUUGGUCUGCCCAUCUCACGCUGGUUAUCACAGCAGAGAAACUCGCUCGGAGGAUACUCGUCAACUCAGGACACUGUGAUUGGACUCCAGGCCCUCUCGGAGUUUGCCGAGUUAAUUUAUACGCCGGAUAUCGACUUCACAGUUCGUUUGAGUCUUAGUGGGGAUCCGUUUUUCAGCCAAACUGUAACUGUCAAUCAACAAAACUCCAUGGUGCUACACUUAGAGGAGAUUCCAGAUAUGGCUGCAGCUGGCUCUUUGAAAGUAUCGGCUGAUGGUCAUGGAGUAGGAAUGUUGCAGGUGGGUGUCACUUAUAACGUGGACAAAGCCCCUGCGGAAAACUCGUUUGAUUUCCUCUUGGAAGUCAUCCGGGAAACUGAUUAUGAGAUCGAGAUCCAAGCGUGCUCCAAGUGGACUGAGAACGAUCAGAGCUCGGGUAUGGCCGUCAUGGAUGUGGGGAUUCCCUCAGGAUUUGAAUUAGACCAAGACAGUGUGGAUACGAUCAUGUCGAAUCCAUCUCUGAAGCUUAAGCGUGUCGAGACAGAGGAUCGCAAAGUGCUUUUCUACUUUGACGAGAUCCCUUCCAGUCGAAAGGUAUGCGUGAAUGUGUUGUUUCAGCGUGCUUUUGAUGUAGGAAAACCUCAGCCUUCUUCAGCAUCUGUUUACAGCUACUACGAGCCAGCGAACCGUGCCGAAGCCUUGUAUGCUGUAGACUCUCUCAAAGAUAAAGGGGUCUGCCGUGUUUGUACGGACUGUGUGAACUGUGAUGAGUCAGACGAACCUGAAGUUAAACGAAAGAGUUGUGCACCUGGAGUGAUGGUUGAAGUCCGAAUCUGUGGACUGAUGAUACUGUCUGUGAUAUUGAUGGCUGCAUUGCAGUAGCUUCCGUCGCCACAGAGGAUUUUUCAAAGGCAUUGCAUAACACAAAAAUAUCACGAUUUUUCGAAACUUUCGUUCGCGUCAGUAUGUUAAUGGUCCUUUUAUACUACAGCUCUAUAGUUCGAGAGUGCCAAUAGAUACGAACGAGUACAGCUAUCUAAACAAUUUUGCAACGAUCGCUUUGGAGUACCGCAGGCGUGUUUAGAUUUUGUAAACCUUAUAGAGUCUGAUACUUUUUAGAUUUUUUAGCAGUAAGAUGAACGUUUUAGGGUCAUAUACAGCUAGUAUGCCUUUUUUACCUAAACAAAUGCACCCAUGAAGCCGAAGAAUUUUGUAGAACAUUUUUCUGUCAGUUUUAUGGAACGACAUUUGUAAGUAUACGAUUAAUUGAUCACGUUUUCGACGUCAGUGAAGUACAUAUUUUCAUUAAGCCCUUUUUAAGAAAGAAAACGACAGUUAUACCUUGAGGGUGCACCGCGUAAUUUCUUAGUUUAAAUGUAAUCCUACAGAGACGGAAGAUCGUUUUUCUCCUCUCCCAUUUCAUACAGACAAUUGCAGUCAGAUAGCCUUCAUAUAUUUAGAGAGGUGCUUUCAAAUAUGGAUAGAUAAUUAGUGAUAGAAAUUUGGAUUUUUUAAAGUAUUCUAUUGUUUUAAUGUAUUGUUUUGGUUAUAUCUACCGAAUAAACUUACUGCAAUGAAG